GCAUUAUGUUUUUGUCGGCGUGUUCAAUCGAAAAGUAUUCCCCGCGAAAAGCUAUAGCGACAAGUGAUGUAACUCUUGUAACCAACACUUUGUUAUGCGCGAGAUACCGACAUUAGUAAUCGAGAUAAGCACUGACAGUCAUGAUUAAAGCAUCGUCAACGCUGUACGGAAUACAUAUACAUACACGUAAUGAUAUCAGUGAAGCGUUUAUUUUUUACAAAUAUACAGCGGAUAUACAGUUUUGCGCUAUGAGAAACAGCGCAAUGAUAUAGCUUUCCCUCCAUUUUCUUCGAGCGAAAGUAUCGAGGACAUCGGUGCGGCAUGUUUGUGCUCAGGAAUUGGUAACACUAAAAAUCGAAGAAAUCUGCGGAAUUCAGGUUGUUUCGAGAAACGAACGGGAGCAACGGAUGAUCACGGGUGAUCAACGUCGACAUCGCGUUCUAGAAGUGUGACGUGCCCAGGAGGGGAUCGAUGAUACUCCGCGGGGAUGACGUAACCUGACGAAAAAAGACGCGAGCCGUCGUGCUCGAGUAACCGCCUGUUUUUUCAGGUUAUGUCCAUCGUCGUACUGUCAGAUCACAGAGUUGUGUUAGAAAGGAUAGUGCUACAGUGUGGAAGAAAUUGAUUGAGGAAAAGUAAGAAAAAAAACAGCAAAAUGGUCUUUGAGUCGAUUGUCGCAGAGCUCCUGAACAAGGUGAUCGGCGAAUACAUUGAGAACUUGGAUUACUCACAGCUUAAACUCAGUCUGUGGGGAGGUGAUCUUGUGUUAAAUGACUUGUUAAUAAAAGAAUCUGCAUUGGACGUGCUAGAUUUGCCAGUGAGAUUGGAAUAUGGCCGUUUAGGCAAAUUGAUACUAAAGAUUCCGUUCAAAGAUAUGUGGAAUGGCCAGAUUGAUGCAAUAGUUGAAGAACUGUUUAUACUAGUAGUGCCCACGAGUCAAAUCUCGUACAAUGAAGACAAGGAGACUAAAGCGCAGUUGGAGGCUAAACGAGCUGAGCUCGAUAGAGUGGAGAAGAGGAAACAAUUAGCAGAGUUAAAAUCACAAGAAAAAUUGGACGACUCGAUGGUGGAGAAGCUAGUCGCUCGCAUGAUCAAGAACAUCCACGUCGAGAUCAAAAGGAUCCAUGUGCGAUACGAGGACCAUGUCACUUUCAAGCAACAUCCAUUCUCCGUCGGCUUCACCUUGAAUACUUUUGUUCUGGAGAGCUGUACGGAUUCCUGGGAGACUACUGGUAAUCUCAAGGACAUGUACGCCAUCCCGCAGAUCUUUAAGCUGUGUAGCCUGGAUGGGCUGGCCGUUUAUCUUAACACCAGUGUCGAGCAGUACAGCAGAAGUCCGCAGUCUACGUACUCGAAUCUCUUCUGCAGCGGCAUCGCGACUAUGGAUUACACCCCGACGGGUUACCAGUACUUGCUGGGACCGAUCAACGUUAAGUCCAAACUGCGAUUGAAUCCUAAGCCCGAGUCUGAUGGCAGCAACUAUACCAUUCCCAAGAUGUGGCUGGAUCUGGAGAUGCAGAAACUGCGGAUCGGCUUGACAAAGCGACAGUAUCAGACGUUGGUGCGGUUGGGCGAGGGUCUGGAUCAGGCGCGGAAGGCCGCGCCGUAUCGGAAGUACCGGCCCAAUCUGACAUCAUAUCGCGGCCACUACAAGGAGUGGUGGCGCUUCGCGUAUACCUGCAUUCUCGAGGAGACCGUGCGACGAUGUCAUCGCAAUUGGGACUGGAAUCACAUGAAGGAGCACCGCGACACUUGUCGCGUGUACGCCGAGGCCUAUCAGACGAAGUUGACGACGAAGAAGCUGGUGAAAGACACCGAGGAACAAUUGACCGACUGCGAAAAGAAGCUCGACAUCUUCAAUCUGGUGAUAAUCCGGCAGCAGAUUGAAAUGGAGGUGGAGAGACUGGCCGAGCGGGAGAAAAGCCUCAAAGCAAAGCGAGGCUGGUUUGGCUUCCUGUGGUCCAACUCGCAAGCCGAGGAGACGAAAGAGCUCAACUCAGCCGCAGCCAUCAUGCGCAGGUUUGAGGAGGCAAUGACGCCGCAGGAAAAGGAGAAACUUUACCGGGCGAUCGACUAUCAGGAAAACAGCGCGCCCGCGCACUAUCCGGAGACGUACGAGAUGGUGGACACUCGUUUCCUUUUGCACGGCCUGCAGAUCACGCUGUUGGAUACAGACAAGAAGCAUCCGUGCGUGCUAGACCUACAAUUGCACGGCGUGCGCGCGGGCUUCAAGUCGCGGCCCUCGGCGAACGCGAUUCUCGUCACUGCUUCCAUCAGCGACAUGAGGCUGCUGGGCGCAACGCAGACGAGCGGCCACAUACCGUCGCUCUUCAAUCCGGAACACGGCAGUUCCGACACCGCCCUCGUGUCUGUCUCCUACGAGAAGAAUCCGCUGGACAAACUGUGCGGCGACCGUGUUAUUGUCAAGUCGCGAUCCGUCGACAUCAUCUACGACGCGCAAACCAUCAUCGAGCUGGUCAACAUGUUCAAGGUGCAGGACUCGUCGACGCUGAGCCAGUUGCAAACAGCCGCGGCGGAGCAGCUGGAAGGUUUGAAGGAGAUGUCGGCGCUCGGAUUGGAGUACGCGAUACAGAAACACUCGGUGCUGGACAUUCAGGUGGACAUGCAGGCAUCGCAGCUCAUCAUUCCGCACGGCGGCUUCUACGAGGACUCGAAAGCGCUGAUCGUCAUUAAUCUCGGCAGCUUGAAGAUGCACUCGCUGGAAAAAGCCAAAAGCGACUUGGCUGGCGCCAGCGUCAAGCAGCUAGUCAGCAUGGGCAAAAGCGAGGAGGAAGUGCUGCUGCAUUUGCGAGAACACAGCUACGACAAGUUCAUGCUGAAAAUAGUCAACUUUCAGGUGCUCGUUUCGCUGCCGAACGAAGAAUGGCGAACGGCCCUGGCGAAUGCCGACAGUUCUUUGACGUUGCUUCAUCCAACGACGCUGGAGAUCCAGUUCCACAAAUGUCUGGUGACGGACGACCCGCUGCUACCGAAACUCCGACUACUCGGUCGCCUGCCGUCUGUAUCCGUGAAUAUAACGGACGCGCGAUUACUGCAGGCGCUGUCAAUCGCGCAGAGCAUUCCGCUGCCCGAAGAGAAACCUACGGAACUGCAACGCAACGCUUCCCUUUCUAAGUCCGUUUCGCAGCUGUCGUUGAAGGACCUCGGCACUACGAUAUCCAGCAUUGCCGACAAAAGGAAGCAGGAAGCAGCCGGCGCGCUGCCGAUGAAGCAGACUACCGAUCUGGAGAUGAGAUUCGAAAUGAAGGAGUUCACGCUGUCGGUGUCCAAACAGCAAGACGACGAGGCGUCAGAAUUCGUCAGAUUUCAGGUAUUGCAGCUGGAAGCGGAAAUGCUGCAGCGCACAUACGAUCAGGAGGUGCAGCUGCGACUUGGCGGUGUGCAGCUACGGCAACGGCACGACGAUCAGGAGAUCUUCAUGGUAAACACACCGAUGUCGGCUGGCAAAGACGAGUAUCUGAUCGUCGUGCGUUACGUGAACGUGAACAAGCGCUCGCCGGAAUUCACCACGCGUCACGGCUCCGUCGUGAAGCUUUUACAACUGGAAUUCACCACGCUGGACACGCUACUGCAUCAAGAGGCACUCAUCGAGCUGCUGCGCUUCGGCACGCAUAUUCAGGACCGAAUAAAUUCGCUCGAGAGCGCUCAGCCCAAGGAAGUCGCGCGCCAACGACCGACUCGAUUGACCUCCAUUCAGGAGGAGACUUCUGGCUUCCUUCGCGAACAAUUGCAGAAGCAGAGAUUGACGCCUGCAAAACGACGCAAGAAACAAAUGGUCGAAUGCAUCGACUUGAAGGUGAACGCCAAGGUCGGUUCGAUCAAUCUGAAGAUCUCCAGUGUUGCCCGGGAUAUCACCGCGUUUUACAUCGAAGGCAUGAGUGCCAGUUUCCUCAGCAAGUCCUCCUACUCGCAAGUGAACGCCGACCUGGCCUCCAUCAGCGUCAAGGAUCUCAAUCCCGCUUCCGCGUACAAGGAUAUCGUCGCUGUGGAGGGCACCGAAUCUUUACAAGUUCAAGCUGUGAUGUACAACUUGGAGUCAUGGGAAGUUGACAAGAACAACAUGUCUGUUAAAGUGACGAUGGGCUGCCAUCGUAUAGUCUUCCUGAACGCGUUUGUCACUAGUGUGAUGAAUUUUCUGAACAACUUUCAAGCCGCGCAGAAAGCCGUUAAAGAUGCCUCAGCGGCAGCGGCGGAAGCUGCGAAAACAAAUAUCAAGGAUGUUCAGGAGAGCGCCUCUCGCAUCGAGUUGUGCGUCAGGAUCAAAGCGCCCGUCGUAUACGUGCCGAUGAACUCCAAGAGUGAGCACAGCCUGAUGCUGGACAUGGGAAAUCUUAUGGUGUGCAACGUCUUUAAAAAAUUAGAUGUGAUGAACGAGGAGACCGGGGAGUAUCCCGUGGUGGACGAGAUGAAGAUCGAAUUGCAGAAUCUGAAGCUGACGCGGGUUCGACUGAAUAUGGAAAAAUUCGCCAGCGAAAAUGAAGUGCUGCUGCUCGAGCCGGUGACGUUCACGCUGCUGAUGAAGCGCAACUUGUCGACUGCCUGGUUCACCGCCAUCCCGAACAUCGAGAUGUCUGGCAGGCUGAACAAGAUUAACCUACUGCUGAGCAAAGAAGAUUACGCGACGAUUCUGAAGGUGCUAGAACAGAAUCUCGGCGAAACUUUCGAGGAUCCAAAAUCGGCCGUGCAGGCCGCGCCGUCCAUCGUCAAGUCCGAACGCAGCGGAGAGCUGCAGCUCCAACCUGUGUACAAAUAUGACAUCGAUACUUCGCGAGAGGCGCCGCCGACGGACACGCAAGAACGACACGCGCACAUCUCGGUGAAGUUUGAAUUCAUCAUGGACAGCCUCGUGAUCAAUCUGUUCACCGGCGGUUCCAAGCUGCUGCAGUCGCAGUCGUCGCCGUUGCAUCUGCCGGAGAACGGGCUCGCACGCUUCAGUCUCACUCACUUCGCCGUGAAAGGCCGCGUGUACGCGGACGGCCUGCUGGCUACGUCGAUCCUGCUGAUGAACUGCACGCUGGACGACACUCGACCGAGCCGCGAGGGCUCGCUGAUGCGCAUCAUGGAGCGAACCAGCACGCCGGUGCAACCUGGUGGCAGCGUCGGCGAAGAUCAUCCCGAUAAAGAGCAUGCCAAGUACAACAACGCGCGCAGCAUGCUGGACGUGACGGUCCGCCAAAGCGCAAACGACAUCUUCGCCGACGUGCGGGUGUUCUCCUUCAGCAUCAUCGUGUCUCUUGACUAUCUCAUGAAGGUCAAGGACUUCUUUGAUGUGGACACCACGAGCAAGACCGUUGCUGCUUCUGCUUCGAGGAACGAAGCAGCGCUGCAGAAGAGGAAGCAGCAGCAGCUGGCGCAACAGCAGCCGGCCAUCUCGACGCCCAAGAUGUUAACUGUGAAUCUACACGUGGAGAAACCGGAUAUUAUUCUGCUUGAGAACAUGGAUGACAUUAAUUCGAAUUGUAUAGUGCUGAACACUGAGUUGUUGCUGAAAGUGCGUGUCAUGGGAGAGCACCAAGUGAUCGCGGGCUCGGUCAAGGAUCUCUCUUUGUUGACAGGGAUAUACAAUCCUGCGAAGAGAGCCGACUGGAUCUAUCAGGUUUUGAAGCCAUGCAGCAUCAGUGUGGCCGGUUCCACGCCGGAAGGCAAAGGACUCCACUUGGAAGUUUGCUGCACAGAUAUACACAUCUCCGUUUCUCCAGGUGUGAUUGAGAUACUGAACAAAGUUAUUCAGACGGUGACGAAGAAGGAAGAGGAGGACAAAGAGGUUGUCAAAUCCGAGCCGAAUUACGAAGGACUGUGGAUUGUCACGCCUUUCGAGGAGAAUGAUUACUGGUUCCUGAAGACAGAAAUUGCGACGGAAGCACUCGAAGAGUUUACAUAUCCGGACGAUGAGACUGUUACGGCCUAUAAAGCCGAAUUGGCGAUCGUCUCGGCGCCGACAAUCUUGCUCACCUUAGAAGCAGGUGUCGGCAAUAAAACUCUACCCAUGCUGUUGCUUCACGUGGGUUUCCAGAGCAACGUCAAUGAUUGGAGCACAAAAACUAUGAGCGUGGACUGCACGAUGUCAAUGAUCAUGUCGUACUACAACAGUCGCCUUGCACUCUGGGAGCCGCUGAUCGAGCGGAUAGAAAACUCGACGCCGUGGGAGCUGAAGACAAAGAUCCAAUUCAAUGACAUACUGCUGGACUCCAGAGGCGCCAGCGCGGUCAGCCCAGCUUCCGAUAGCGAAACCGAAGAGCUGCAUCAGUCCACUAAGAUGUCCAUCGACAUCACAUCUUCCGAUAAUCUGGAGAUAAGCGUGACGAAGACGUGUCUGGAUGUGCUGAAGCAACUCGGCCAGGCGUUUUCUUCGGCGAUGGACGCCAGCGGGAAGGGGCCCACUAGGAAAGUGGCGCCGUACGUGCUGAAGAACGAGACCGGCCUGGCGAUGGUACUCGACCUGGAGCACAGUCUCUUCAAGAUUUUCGACGAUGGAUCGAGAAUGAGGAACAACAGCGACUCGUACAUGGAGGUGAUCCUCGAAACCGGCGCGUCGAUCGAGCUUGCGCCGAAGACGUCCAAGCUGGACGCGCGUCUCCUCGAGCAGAGUAGAGCUGAGACCGUGAAGGACAGGGAGGAUUGUAAAUUCGCUGUGUCUUUCAAAGGCAUUCAAGGCAAAUUGGCGAUACCCGUGUUGCGGGCAGACAAGAGGUUCUUUUCUCUGAAGCACCGCAAAGAGAGCUCUGAGGAAUGGGGCAUCGUGUCGGACGUCAUUGUCGAAGAAGGCAGUACGAUUGUUACUCUUCGAAGCAUACUACAGGUCCACAAUCACUUCGCGCAACCGAUAUCCGUUUACUACAUGACGAAGCGUGGAAAUGAGGUGGAGUGCGUGGGCACGGUGUCACCUGACGAGAAGCUUAAUCUGCCGCUGGACGCCGUGUACACUCCUACUAACAUCUACUGGUUGUUCUUCAGCGUCGACGGAUACAUGGUGUCGGUCGAGCCGUUCGUCUGGAAGGACCUGCAGAAAACAGUUUCCAUGACAAAGCUGCUGAAAUGCGAAUGCCGAGUCAAGCAGGACAUCACGGAGCCGUUUUACAUUCAGGCUGUGGGAGAGAUUGAGCAGGUGUAUUUCGAGAAUACCACUCGCCACACCAUGGCUAGCACUAUUUACAACGUACACUUGUACCCGUCUCUGUACCUGAAGAACUUCCUGCCUAUCGACAUCAUCAUCUGCUUGCCCGGCGUCGCGCAGGAAAACCUUCUCGAAGCCAGUGCCUCUCUGCAACUUCCCACGAUUGACCCAGCCAAGUCGAGCAUAGUUAUCAAGUUGCCCAAUUAUCUGGAAAAGGACUGGUCGUGCAAGGGCGAGAUCUCGGCGAACCCGCCUGAAUUUGCAGUCUGGUCGUUCGAGUCCUUCGACAGUGCGCAGAAGGUGGUGUUGGACCUCGGUAUGCACACAUCCUACAAGCACGGCUCAAUUGUCAUGGCAUUAUACUGUCCUUUCUGGAUGCUGAACAAAACCGGCCUGAUGCUGUCUUACAGGAAAUCAAGUAAGGGUGGCAAAGAGCACUCGAGUCCGAUCAAGAAAUUCGUUUCCGCUAUGAAACCCCAUCAGCAACGCGCACGGUACAGGAAGAGGAAGACGCGCGCGACAACGGAUGAUUACUUGAACGUUCUGUAUCAUCCGGAGCACUUCAAGGGGCCCAUUCUCUUCUCGUUCCGUUCCAAGGCGUUCUUCGGCAAGAAGAAGGCCAUGAUCCGGGUGGAGGACGGCGAUUGGUCCGACAAGUUCUCCAUCGACGUCGCCGGCAGUGAAGGCGUGGUCGCGUGCAGAUACAACGGGAUGACGUACCAGAUCGGAGUGCACAAUCAGCUGACGUACAACUCGUUGACGAAACAAAUCACGUUCACGCCCUAUUACAUUCUCAUCAACAACGCGGACUUUCUCAUAGAGUGUCAAGAGGGCGAUCGACCGGCCGAUCCGAUGAUCAAAGUACCUCCUGGCGAAUGCGCAGCUCUGUGGCCUCGAACUGAACACGAGAACAAGAUUCUGAAGGCGAAAGUCGCGGGCCAGCCCGAGAAAACCGCGGCCUUUACUUACACGGACAGUCAUACGACUUUGUUAAAGUUGGACAAUAAGUAUGGCGGAAUCAACGUGGACGUGCAGCUCAGUGAGGGCGGCGUUUACAUCUCCAUGUCGGCCUACAGUCCUGGCUACGCGCCGGCGUUGAUCAUCAACCAUACGCGACGUACCAUCAAUCUCUGGGAAAAGAGUUCGAUCAACGUCAGGUCCGUGCAGGCAUACAACAGGAUGUUCUACACCUGGGAAAACCCGUCGGGUCCGCGAAAGCUGGUCUGGGAGGACAGCAACGGCAAAGAAAUCGAGGACAAUCUUCGUAAGGAUAAUCUCGGCACCUUCCGACUGCUGGACAUCGAUGAAGAAUUGUAUUACGUGUCGUUCUUAGACGGCACGCAGCGAGUGUUGCUGUUCACUCCGAAUUUGAAGAUCGCCGAGGACUGCCAGCUAGCUGGCGAUUUGGAAGUGAUAGAUCAGGAGAUCACGUUGAACAUCCACGGCAUCGGGUUCUCCCUCGUCAACAACAUCACCAAGUCCGAGUUGCUGUACAUGUGCAUCGCCAGCUCCGGAAUUAUCUGGGAGACACGCAAGUCUCUCGGCGGUAGAUGGCGAGCGUUGAACGCCAAGGAGGUGAACGCCAUCGAGGAAGGAUAUCAACGAUACCUUAAGGAACUGCAGAUCGGCAAGGAUGCGGAUUAUCGCAUAAUGCUGGAACCCAAAUUGAUGGUGGAUUAUUUGAAUAUGGAGAUGCUGAAGCCACAUCGUAGAUACAUGCGGCGCACAUUCCAAACUGGACUCUGGUUGCAGUAUCGCACAUCGGCGCAUCAGGUGCAGCUGCAUGCGAAGAUCAACAGGCUUCAAAUCGACAAUCAGCUGUCGGAGUGCGUCUUCCCGGUCAUUCUGGCUCCGGUGCCGCCGCCGAAGAGCGUCACGCAGAGCACAGUCAUGAAACCUUUCGCGGAGCUCAGCAUGGUAAAGCGCCUGUUGGAGCACAGCACUGUGCAACAGUUCCGAUACUUUAAAGUUCUCAUACAAGAGUUCCAUAUCAAGGUGGAUAUCGUCUUUAUAAACGCGAUAAUGGGUCUCUUCGAGGCGAACGAGGUCAACGACGCGGAAGAGAGUGCAUUAUUCCGCACCGACAUGAAACUAGUCAACGAACCGCUGAUGUAUCACGUCAGUCUGAUCACGACGGCCGAGCAGAAGAACUUCUUCGAUCUGCUGCACUUCUCGCCACUCAAGAUACACAUUAGUUUCUCGAUGACCGGAAGUGGAGGAGGACCGUCCGCGGUACCGCAAGUACUUAACGUGCUGCUGCAAGGAAUCGGCGUGACACUGACGGAUAUCAACGACAUUGUGUUCAAAUUAGCGUACUUCGAGAGGAACUACGUGUUUAUGACGCACAAGCAGCUCAUCUCCGAGGCUACCACGCAUUACGCGGGUCAGGCGAUCAAGCAGGCGUACGUACUCGUGUUGGGGCUCGAUGUGAUCGGUAAUCCGUACGGGCUCGUGGUCGGGACGAUGAAGGGCAUCGAGGACCUGUUCUACGAACCCUUCCAGGGGGCUAUACAGGGUCCAGGGGAGUUCGCGGAGGGCCUGUUCCUCGGAGUGCGCAGCAUGCUGGGUCACACCGUCGGCGGGAUGGCGGGCGCUGUGUCGAAGAUCACAGGGGCGAUGGGCAAGGGUAUAGCCGCUCUGACCUUCGACAAGGAUUAUCAGCGGAAGAGACAGGAGCAACUUAACAAGCAGCCUGCUAACUUACAAGAGGGUCUCGCUCGAAGCGGAAAAGGCUUAGUGAUGGGUGUAUUCGACGGUGUAACGGGUGUGGUGACGAAGCCUAUAUCAGGAGCGAGGGAGGAAGGAGUCGAAGGAUUCUUCAAAGGGUUCGGAAAAGGCGUUGUCGGGCUCGUAACGAGGCCUACCGCUGGUGUUAUCGACUUCGCGAGUGGUUCGUUUGGAGCUGUCAGACGGGCUACCGAAUUGAGCGAGGAAACUAGAAGAGUGCGGUCGCCCAGAUUUCUGCAACCAGACAGUCUCGUCAGGCCGUAUAUAAAGGAUGAAGCCGACGGCAACAAGAUAUUGAUGGAACUGGAAAAGGGAAAAUACGCGCACACAGAUGUGUACUUCUACCAUGUGUUCAUUAAUAAAGACGUGCUGUUGCUCACCGACAAAAGAUUAUCCUACCUCGAACACAGCGAUUUGUUCGGCGGCUGGCGAGUUGACUGGACUCACACCUGGAAUGAGUUCAGCGGUUCACCGAAGCUAGUAGACCGAGGCGUGCAGAUCUUUAUCAAAGACGCCAGCAAGAAGAAGAAGCUCGGCGGUCUGUUCGGCAGCGCGGAGCAGUCGAAGAUACUUCUUAUAACGGAUUAUAAUACAAAACAGGUGUUGUGCAACAAAAUACACGAGCAGAUCAUGCAGUACGGAGUAUAACGCGCACACGCGAAACGCUUGAGCUUUGAAAAAGAAGGAAGAACGACGGAGAAAAUGAGUCUCUGCUUCCGAGACGCUUCGCGAGCGAGUGGCACAAUUUCUAUGCACAUUUUCUACGGACACUAUUUAUAAGACUGAUACUGCGUAGUCGCGACAGCCUAAGAAAGGACACCACUGUAGUAUAUUGAGGAAAGUUACCAAUUUUUCAGAACCUUAUCGUCGGUAUUGCACUACCGAAUGUAAAAUAUUAGAUUGGUGCAACAAGUUUUAAACAAAAUUAUCAGUGUAACAAUUUUGAAUAUCGAUCUAUU